CGGAAGUGCAUUUCAGUAAACGUUCGAGUUCCAGGAUCUCCACGCAGAUUCUGAAGUAAACUGUCGCUUCUAUUCCACAAACCUUUGAGGCUCAAACAAUUUCAGCCGCCAAAAUGUUCAACAGAAUGACAAGCUUAUGGAUGGGUGAUUUAGACCCAUACAUGGACGAGACUUUCAUCAAGCAAGCUUUCAGCACGAUGGGGGAGACAGCCUACAAUGUCAAAAUCAUUACACAUCGAGUUACCGGAGGAUCUGCUGGAUACUGUUUUGUGGAGCUGGCGGAUGAAGCUAGUGUUGACCGUUGUGUUCAGAGGCUCAACGGGAAGCUGGUUCCAGGAUCAAAUCCGCCCAGGAAAUUUAAGCUAAACUAUGCAACAUAUGGGAAAAGGCCAGAGCCUGGCCCAGAAUUUUCUGUGUUUGUUGGAGAUCUCACAUCAGAAGUGGAUGACUACCAGCUUCAUCAGUUCUUUUUGAAAAAAUUCCCCUCAUGCAAAGGUGGCAAAGUUGUGACUGAUCCCUAUGGGAACUCAAGGGGUUAUGGCUUUGUGAAGUUUGGUGAUGAAAACGAACAGAAGAAAGCCCUUGAGGAGUUUCAGAAUGCAUCUGGCCUGGGAGGUAAACCUAUCAGGAUCAGCAUCGCUGUCAACAAAGGCAACAAAUCAAACAAUUACCAAAACCAGAAUCAAAACUACAACAGCAACUACCAACAGCAGUAUUAUCAACAGCCCUACAACAAUUACUAUCCACAGUGGAGCUACGAUCAGUACAACAGUUACAAUUAUGGAUAUAACUCUUAUGCUAACACCCCUCCAGUUCCACAGGGGAUGAUGGGACCGCCCCCACCCAUGGGGAUGGCCCCUGACAUGCAAGCAUCCACAGAGCAGUCACAUGACACCACUGAGGACAUUGAGGAGGACACUGCGGAAGACCCAAACCCACAGGUGGAUGUGGAUGCAUUGAACAAACAGCACAUGGAGCGCAGUGAGGAGCUCUAUGACUCUCUAAUGAAUUGCCACUGGCAGCCACUGGACAGUAUCACAUCUGAAAUUCCUGUGAUAAAUGGAUCCUGACUAUCUCAGCUAAACGGAGUUUAGGACUUGUGUACCAUCUGAAGGAACAUGCCUUUUUUUUAUUCUGCUCUGAGCAAGUUUUCAGAGAAUGUUCUUUCACCCUUACCACAUUUUUAUUUGGAGCUUUAUCCUAGCAGGCAAAAUGUUUUUCUUCACUUAUGUUCAUGACCAUUUGUUUAAAAGUGAGGUAGUUUAGAUACAUUUUAUUUUAAAAGGAAUGGAAAGCAACUGCAUCAGUACUUUCAUUUUUAACCAGGUGCAAUUCUUGCUAUUGCUUAAUUAAACUUUUCCAUAAGAAAUUCACAGUUAAUGCUAAUCAGCAUGAUUUGUGGGUAUAAAAAUUGUGUGAUCCAAAAAAGAAUUUACAUCUCCUUAAAACUUCCCCAUUUGUCUGAUUUGAGACCACUGGUCGUUUUGCGUUUUGAAAGCUUUGUUCAUUAUAUUGGUAUUUAUUUUUAGAGUUGUUUGCUGCAUAAAACUAACCCAUAAUUGAUGCCCUGACAGAAAUAUUACAUAUUGAAGCCCUCAAAAUGAGUGUCCUUAAAUGUGUCUGUGGAUAAUUUAAUCACAUGUUUCUUAUUUAAUGCUGAGCUUUAGAAAUUCUGUGGGUAUUUUUGUAAUAAAAGCAAUUGAGAUAGUCAAGGAUAAACAUAAUAAA